UCCGCACUUCCGCUGUCGGAGCUUUAGAGCGUGACACCCAGCGGAAGUAAACAGUAGCAGCUAGCAGCAUUAGCUGGCUGUGUGUAAUGAAUGAAGUGAAGACGGUACUGAGUCACAGCGCAGCUCAUUAUUGAACGAGUAAUUAAAGAAGAAUGAGUUCAGUUGAGAGUUUGAGAGAGUUUGUCAACGAGCGACUAACUGCUGCUGCUGAAGAAAUAUUCAGAGUUUUUAAAACAACUAUCGUCCAGUACGAGGAAGAGAUCGAUCGGCAGCGCGUCAUGCUGGAUAUCUGCUGGAAACCCCAAGUAAAGUUACACAGGAUAGAGCUCCCACAGCAACAUGUCUGUAAGGAGGAGGAGGUUCUGGCUGACCAGCAGCUCUGUAACCAGGAGAGGAACUCCAGUCUGGACCAAGAGGACCCAGAGCCUCCAGAGAUUAAAGAGGAACAGGAGGAACUCUGCACCAGUCAGGAGGGAGAGCAGCUUGUACUGAAGGUGGAGACGGAUACCGUCAUGGUGACUCCAGCUUAUGAGGAAAGUGACCACAGUGAAGCAGAACCAACAAGUGACCACACAGAGCUCCCACAGCAACAUGUCUGUAAGGAGGAGGAGGUUCUGGCUGACCAGCAGCUCUGUAACCAGGAGAGGAACUCCAGUCUGGACCAAGAGGACCCAGAGCCUCCAGAGAUUAAAGAGGAACAGGAGGAACUCUGCACCAGUCAGGAGGGAGAGCAGCUUGUAGUGAAGGUGGAGACGGAUACCGUCAUGUUGACUCCAGCUCAUGAGGAAAGUGACCACAGUGAAGCAGAACCAACAAGUGACCACCAGCUCCUCUCUAACAACUCUCAUGUAGCUGAGAGCCGAGACCAGAAAGGAGGAAAACAUGGAGACUCUGGAUCAGCUGGAGAUGGAGAGCUGAGGGAAAAGAAAAGACAUCACAGAAACAAUAAAAACUCUACCUCAUCAGACAUUCAACACAACACUCACCCAGGUGAAAAGCCUUUCAACUGUGACACAUGUGGAAAGACUUUUAAGUAUGAGUCCGUAUUGGUUAAACACAUAAGAAUCCACACAGGUGAGAAACCUUUUAUUUGUGAAUUUUGUGGGAGAGCUUUCAACUUCAAAACAAACUUAACACGUCACAUGACAAUCCACACAGCUGACAAACCGUAUUCUUGCAUAACAUGUAGGAAGACUUUCACGCUAAGCAGUACCUUAAAAGAUCACAUGAAAACCCACACAGGUGAGAAACCAUUUUCUUGCAAAAACUGUGGGAGCACUUUCAGCAAAUGUUCAAACUUAACAGCUCACAUGAGAACCCACACUGGUGAGAAACCAUUUACUUGCAACACAUGUGGGAAAACAUUCAACCAGCAUGCACACUUAAGAACCCACAUGAUGAUCCACACAGGUAAGAAACCUUUUACCUGUGAAAUCUGUGGGAAGGCUUUCAGAUGUCGGGCUUUAUUAAGUUAUCACAUGAGAAUCCACACAGGUGAGAAACCAUUUACUUGCAACACAUGUGGGAAAGCUUUCAAGACUCUUAGUGAAUUGAAUCAACACGUGAAAACCCACACAGGUGAGAGACCGUUCACUUGCCAAAGCUGUGGGAAAGCUUUCUUGAAACGUGCACACUUAACAGCUCACAUGAGAACCCACACAGAUGUGAAACCAUAUUCUUGCCAAACAUGCAGGAAGGCCUUCAGGACUAUUAGCAACUUAACUGUCCACAUGACUACCCAUACGGGGGAGGGGUCAUUUUCUUGCAACGCAUGUGAGAGGACAUUCUCUUUUCAGUCUGCUUUGAACAAACACUUGAGAGUCCACACAGAUGAGAGGCCGUUUACUUGCAGCACAUGUGGGAAAACUUUCAAGUCUCAUGGUGAAGUGAAUCAACAUAUGAGAAUCCACACAGAUGAGAGGCCGUUUACUUGCAACACGUGUGAGAAGACAUUCUCCUUUAAGUCUGCUUUGAAAAAGCAUUCAAGAGUCCACAUAGGCGAGAGGCCGUUUACUUGCAACACAUGUGGGAAAACUUUCAAGUCUCAUGGUGACUUGAAUAAACACAUGAAAACCCACACCAGUGGGAAGCCUUAUUCUUGUAAAACAUGUGGGAAAGAUUUCAGGAAUCGUAGUCACUUAACAGCUCACAUGAGAAUCCACACAGGUGAGAAGCCGUAUUCUUGCAAAACAUGUGGGAAGACUUUCAGGUCUUGUAGUCACUUAUUACAACAUACGAGAAUCCACACAGGUGAGAAACCGUAUUCUUGCAAAACGUGUGGGAAAGAUUUCAGAUUUCGUCCUUUUUUGAAGGAGUUGAAGUUUUUGAAGGGCGGGGGCAAAAAUAAAAAAAUGACACAUACCAGGAGGGCACUUUAACGUGCAUUUUUCAACAAUUGCUCAUGAUCAAUCAUAUUGAAUAGGACGCUGUAAAACCAGAUGGACAAAAUUUGAGGUAUGAAAUGUUUGGUCAGUCCAGAGUCUCGUCUCCAGGUGAUUCUUUUGAGAUUAUUUCUCCGCAAAGUAAUUGGCGUCACGAACAGGACUGGCGGAAAAGGACAGCUCUACAAUCUGCAUCUUGGGCCGGGCGACAUUGCAAAGCGUAUUUUCAAAAAUUGCAAUUUCACCUACGCUUAAGAGCAGUGAGUAAGAUUCCAGAAUUUCUCCAUAACAGGAGCUGUUUUGUUAUUAAAGUGUCGGUGGAGAGGGGUUUGUUUAGGGGGGUUCACUCACACAAUUUGGGGUUUAAUAAAGUGAGAAGUAAUGUUUGUGAUUUCACCAAGUUAGUCGUUUCUAAAUGUGUUGGAAAAUCUGUUGGACAGUUUUGUGUUUCCUUUAAUAAAUUGUGCUUCUCAAUGUUGUAUGGUUUAGUGUUGAUGUAACUGUGAGGUGUUGGAGAGAUUUCUGCUGUAAAUAGUUUUGUGUUGCCAUGUUUAACCAUGUUGCACACACACACAUACACACACUAAUGGUUUUGCUUUGCCACAUUUAUAUGCUUUUGUUAGUCGCUUUGGACUCUGUUAACUUUACUAAACCUGUAUGGUCAUCAACAACAGUAAAAUUGUAAUAUUUUCUCUG